AUGUUGAGACAGCAAAUGUGGAACUCUGUCUAUGGAUAUAUGUUUGGUGAAAACGCAACAAAGAAUCACCGAUCACCACUCAUUCCCCUCUACCACAAAACCAAGCUUCACAUCACAACUUGGCUAUGCUCUCUUCCUCAACCACCACCACCACAACAACCUUCACCUCUCCACGGCCAACAAUUCUUCAGAAUAAUCUCACACACAGACACACUGUUUCACAUCAUUCAUCGUUCUUUAACCAACAUGAAUCCCUCCUGUCGCUUCGCUACGACUAAACACACUCCCUUCCUUCAAAACACUCACACCACUUCCCCUUUCUUCCUCCGACACUCUCACCGCGUCAAGACUCUCGUUCCCUCACUACCGCCGAUAGCAGCGAAACCUUCCUCUCUCAACAUUCUCAGGUUCAGACAAUUGAGCGCCGGCAAGCGCUUCGCCACGCUGUCAUCUUUCGCGGAAGGGGAGGCAGAGGAGCGGAAGGAGGGAGCGGCGAACGGCGAUGAGGUGGAUGGACUGGCGAAGGCCUUCAACGUGUCAUCGGGAACCGCGUCGGCCAUAUCGAUAUGCAUGGCGUUGGCGGUUCUGAGCUUCCCGCUGAUGAUGAAGUCGCUGGGGCAGGGGCUGGCGUUGAAGACGAAGGUGCUUUCGUACGCGACUCUGCUGUUCGGGUUCUACAUGGCGUGGAACAUUGGCGCCAAUGACGUGGCGAACGCUAUGGGAACCUCGGUGGGGUCGGGGGCGCUGACGCUGAGGCAGGCGGUGCUGACGGCGGCGGUGCUGGAGUUCUCCGGGGCGCUUUUGAUGGGGACGCACGUGACGAGCACGAUGCAGAAGGGGAUUCUGUUGACCACUGUGUUCAAUGGGAAGGAUACCCUGCUCUUCGCUGGCUUGCUCUCUUCUCUCGCUGCUGCUGGUACUUGGUUGCAGAUUGCAUCAUAUUAUGGUUGGCCAGUAUCUACUACACAUUGUAUAGUAGGAGCAAUGGUGGGGUUUGGUUUAGCAUAUGGAGGUCCUGGAGCUGUUUUCUGGGGUUCACUAGCGAGGGUGAUCUCUUCGUGGGUUGUCUCACCACUUAUGGGAGCAGCUGUGUCAUUUCUUGUCUAUAAGUGUAUCCGAAGGUUUGUGUACAGUGCACCAAAUCCCGGUCUAGCAGCAGCUGCGGCGGCACCAAUUGCUGUAUUUCUGGGUGUUACGGGGAUUUCAUUUGUUGCCCUCCCCCUUAGCAAUAGCUUUCCUUUAGCUCUGGCCCAAGCUUUAAUCGUUGGAACUGUUGGUGCUUUUCUGGUUGACAGAAUCAUCAGAAAACAACUCGGCCAUCUUCUUAUCAAAUCAAAUACUCCAAAGCCUGAGCCAAAAGAAGACACUGUCCACCACAAUAUAGGAUUUCUCGAUGAUGUUGCAGGUCCUAAGGGUGCUCAAUUGGAAAUAGUUUAUGGAGUCUUUGGUUACAUGCAGGUCCUUUCAGCAUGUUUCAUGUCAUUUGCUCAUGGGGGAAAUGAUGUCUCCAACGCCAUAGGUCCAUUGGCAGGUGCACUGGCUAUCCUUCAAGGUGGUGCUAUGGGAGCUCAGAUUGUUAUUCCAACUGAUGUUCUAGCUUGGGGAGGAUUUGGAAUUGUUGCAGGGCUAAUGAUGUGGGGUUAUAGAGUGAUAGCUACAAUAGGAAAGAAGAUUACAGAACUUACACCAACAAGAGGAUUUGCAGCUGAGUUUGCUGCUGCCUCUGUGGUUCUGUUUGCUUCAAAGCUGGGGUUACCCAUCUCUGCAACCCAUACUCUAGUAGGUGCAGUAAUGGGUGUUGGAUUUGCAAGGGGGCUGAAUAGUCUUAGAUCGGAAACUGUGAAGGAGAUUGUGGUUUCAUGGGUAGUCACUAUUCCAGUUGGUGCUGGUCUCUCAGGUGUAUUCCAAGAUAUGAAAGCUUAUACAGGUGAUCAAUUAAAGUUACAAGCACCAUCUUUCAAAGCAUUGUUUUCUGCGGAACAUAUUGGUGUGGCAGCACAUGCAUCGUGGACUGAAGAUGUGAUAUUUGAUGACAAGGCAGAGGAGAAAAUU